CGUCCGUUGGAAAUGAUGUGAGGCACGUAUGCUUUCGGAGCUUUAUUUAUUUGAAAAACAUUUAAAAACAAAUAAAAAGUCAAAUAUUUUGAUUUUGAUAAGAGAUUCAUGGGCAUUGAGGAUGAUGUGAUGAGACAACAAGAAAAAAAGAUAAAAUUUGACGACACACGAUUUCUAAGUUAAAGAACGGCGAAAGAUGUUUCAUCACUUAGUUGUCAGUAGCACUUUGGAAAUUAUAGUAAUCAUUUAAUCAAAUGUUCCACGUAAACUCAUAAUUGAGCUUGCGACAAAAGUAAAGAGAAAAAAAAAUUAUCAAACAAGUGUUUUCUGUUUGAAUGUAAAAUUAAUACAUACAAUACUUGAUGUGAGACGUAUUUUUGUCACAAAAAAAAAUUAAAAUUUUCAACACAAAGCAAGGAUGAGCUCCAUCGCUCUUUCAUCACAUCCACACAAAAGCGAUGACGAGAAUCAUCACAUCAUCGUUGCAAAAGUCACGGCCAUGGCAGUGCUCUUUUCCGUAUCAACGCUGUGUGGCUUGGCACCGUUCAAACUCUCGCAAUGGUUUCACUGGUCACAGAAGGACACAAAAUCCAGUGGAAUUGUGAUGCCUAUGUUACUGAGUUUCGGUGGAGGCGUCUUGUUGUCGACGACAUUUUGUCACUUGCUGCCCGAUGUACACGAAAAUGUGAGAAAUUUGACUGAACGAGGUCUCUUGCCACAUUUGAAAUUUGAUCUCGCGCCACUUUUGAUGGCUGGCGGAUUUUUUAUGGUUUAUUUCAUUGAAGAGACUGUGCAUUGGUAUAUGCAUCGGAGAGAGCAUCGCAUGGAAAAAGCUGAUGCUGAAGAGGCUUUCAAACGGGGCCGAUCUACACGUAACAGUAUUUGUAAUGGAGCAAAUGGGAAAGAAAAUCUCGAAAAUGGAACGGAACCAAUAACGAUAAAUGUGAUGGAAGCUCUUCCUGUGAUUCAUGAAAAACAUCAACACACACAUUUGCCGCAAGAUGAAGACUCGUUUCAAGCAAAUAUGCGAGGAUUGUUGAUUGUGCUCGCAUUGUCGAUUCACGAGCUGUUCGAAGGUUUGGCAGUGGGACUCGAGAGUAGUUCAUCGACUGUGUGGUACAUGUUUGGAGCUGUAUCGGCACACAAGUAUGUCAUUGCGUUCUGCAUUGGGGUCGAAUUGGUGGUGAAUAAGACAAAAACGUGGCUCGGGAUCACGUACAUCUUGAUUUACUCCUUUGUGAGUGCUUUGGGCAUCGGAAUCGGAAUUAUUUUGGUGAAUGGCACGAAUGCCGAUGACAUGGAAGUUCCUUCGGCCAUUUUGCAAGGAUUGGCAGCAGGAACUUUACUCUUUGUCGUGUUCUUUGAAAUUUUGUGCAAAGACAAGUCGGGAUUGCCACAAUUUUUAGCAGUUCUCGUGGGUUUUGGAACUAUUUUUGCGAUACAAGUUUUGACUGAACCUAAGAUGGAAACUCCAAUAUUAAAAGUUGGCCAAUGAACUUUUAAAGCCCCAGAAACUCCAAAAAGGUUGUUAAUAGAAAAUAAACUGAUGAAUUUUAUGCACUUAAUUAACAUGAUUGACUUUAUUUUUUUUUAAUUAUCAAGAAUUUGUA